UCGCCGCGUAGCAUGUUGUGCAGCAACCCCGCACCCACCAACCCCUCGUGGCUGCUCUAUCAUAUAACUACUAUGCUAGUUUUCUGAAGGCAUGCUGGCUGUCGACUUACUUCUUCGUCUUGCCGACUCGCUGCCGGCUGCACUCGCCUCCGUUGCCGUUUAGCGCCCUUAAUUACAAUACUCCUCCAUCGUUUCGGCGCUCGACCCGCGUCAGCUGAUCGCGACUGCUUUACAAACGCUGCUGUCCUUGCCAGAGAACUGGCACUUUGAGUUCGUCAAGAGUGAAGGACGGCGAGCUCGUGAGCAUCGAAGUGGAAAAUGGACCUGCCCAGUUAGCCAGCUGAGAGAGUAGGUAGAAACUAUGAAAAAACGCAAGUUAGUGGACAACGCGCAGCACCUGAUCCGGCUGAACAACAACAAGGUGGCAUCGAACGCGGAGAUAGCCAAGAAACGGAAGAAGCUGAACGCGGAUGGCGGCGAUGGACAGAAGGAGACGGCCGAUUUCGCGUCGGGACAGGACCUGUCCAACCAGGAGAAAUUCCUGAUGGAGACGAAGGCGGCGCUGAAGAGCCUGUCCGGCAGCUGGUCGCAGCAUCCAGCGUCCGAGGAGCGCUAUGAGAAGCCCAACUUUGAGAAUUUAUUCGAGGAGAACGGCAAGAAAAUGGGUCUGUUGGCGGCCGUGAGCAAGAGCAAAGUGUCGGUGAACAACAACAAAGGCAGCGAGAACAUCAAGGACGUGGUGACCCUGAGCAGCUCGAACGCCGUGCCCACCGAGGACAAGGAGGAGGAGAAACCGGCGGCCGCAGAAAAAGAGGACGAACCUGAGCAGCCAAAGGAACCUGAGGAGCCCCGGACGGUGGCCAGACCGCCUGCCGAGCCCAAGAAGAGCGAAAACCCGAUCGAGAAUCUGCUCAAGAUCGAGACCGAGUGCGAGAAGAUCCCGCCGGGAACCAAGGAGGACAAGAAACAAUUUUUCUACAACAACCAGUUCGAGGGGAUGGCCGGGCCGACGUUCGUGGCCAACUACGAGGACGGGCCCAAGGACAGCAUCGUGGUUGACAGCCCAAACUCGCCAGGCAGCGGAAAGAGGUACACGGUGCUGCAGCCCGCCUCGGCAGACUCCAAGGCGGCCAGCCAGAUCCAGGACAUCGCCAAGAUCGGAUUCAACGUCAUCCAGCCGUCCAAGGAGAACGCCGCAGACGUCGACAAGCUCAAGCAGGGCGACGAGCCGCCGCUCUCGCCCGACAAUCCUUCCAACGUCAGAGAGGGUAACAAGUGCCCGACCCCGGGCUGCACCGGCCUCGGCCACGUGACCGGACUCUACUCGCACCACAGGAGUCUGUCUGGCUGUCCCAGGAAGGACAAGGUCACGCCCGAGAUUCUGGCGAUGCACGAGACGAUUCUCAAGUGCCCGACGCCCGGCUGCAACGGACGAGGUCACGUCUCGACCAACCGAAACACGCACCGCAGUCUGUCUGGCUGUCCAUUGGCCGCCGCCACCAAGCAGGCCUCGCGAGACAAGAGCAAAUUAACAUCCAACAUGUCUUCCUCCAGAGCCAGUUCCCUUUCUGGAGACUAUUGUACGUACAGCACCAAAGGCAUCAGUCCUUGCAGCCAGAGUCCGAAUUCGCAGAGCUCGAGCGACGCCAAGCCGUGCUACACGAUGCUUCAGCAGUCGGCCAAGUCGCCGUUGUGCGUCGCGUCACCGUCCCACGAGUUUUCUGCCCAAUCGCCCUACUACAAGCAGUCAGGGAUUCCAACCCCUCCGAUGAAGCGUUCGCUGUCGGAGGACUCUCCGGCGACGCCCCAGGAAGAGCGGCGCUACAACCUCAAGUCGGAGGACAGCGGGUUGGCGUCGAGCGGCUCAAGCAACGAGGUUGAGCCGAACAAGGCGGCCAAGUCGGAGGUGGCCGCCGCCCCCGGCGGCGGCCCGGCGUGCCGCAUGCCCUACGACUACCAGCAGGACUCGAACUCGUCGAGCAGCUGCGUGGACCCGGCGGCGCUGAGCGUGGCGCCGCAGCAGCCCCCGGCCGCCUCGGCGUCGGUCGGGGGGCCGCAGCCCCCGACGGCCCCCCAGCAGCCGCCGCCGCCUCCGCCGCAGCAGCAGCAGCAGCCGUACCUGGAGGAGGCGCGCUACGAGAGCGACAUGUACCGCUACGGCGUGUACACGGCGCACCCGCCCGAACGGCCCUCGUACGACCACGUCAUGUACGACCAGCGGGCCGCAAUGUACUCCUACUCGGACCUGUCGCACGUUGCGCCGCACUACGAAAGCCAGCAGCACGGUUCAGUAAGCGUUGGAAAGGAGGGUGAAUCUCAGCUCCCGAAUCCAAAUUUAUACCAGCGGUCGGUCUAUCCGUACGAAGAUUCAAGCGCUGCCAGCAGCAACAUGGCUUGCCAAAUGCCGGCCUGUCCUGCUUCCAACCCGUUCAGCUCAGCGAUCAAUCUGUCGCGGAAGGCCGACGACUCCCCUCUUUCCAUUCGGAACCAGACUCAGAUCUCGCCUGGUGGCUCGGUCAUUGACUUGUCAACGUCCAGCGUCGCCUCGAACAGUCCACACUAUGCGACCAGUAUGAGUCCCCAGCACGGCGGCAUCAGGUCGCGGGCGCUCGACGGCACCAGUCCUAGCCACCUGAGCAACCAGUCUGCCGCGGUGCCCAGCCCGCAGGUGCACACCCUCGACUUGAGCGUCAACCGUGGCGCAGAAAGCCCGCUGUACUCGGCGGAGAGCGCGGUGGCCGGCAUCCAGGGCGCACACCCGCCCGCAACUGCCCGCCGCUUCCUGUCUCCCGAGGAGCAGACCGAGCCCGUCGACUUUUCCACCGCCAACGAGCCCGUCAACUUCAGCGGCAGUCGCCUCGUGGCGCUACCUCCCGGCUACGCGUACAGCAGGACCUCCAGCCCCGAGUCCACGCAGCAGCCCUACCUCGACUACAGGGACAACCCUGCCGCCGUCGCCGCAGGUUUGAGCUCUGGAUACAUCAGUCCUCACUACUCGUCGGUGGUGCCGACCUCUGAGUACUCGAGCUACAACCCGUACUACGCGUGCAACACGAGCAACCUGUCCAACUCGCCGUACGCCAACUACCACACGGGCAACACCGGCUACGCAAACUGCAUUCCCCAGGCCAACAGUGCCACUUCUUAUUCUUCCAUGCUGCCCUCGGCGGGCGGCGGCUCCGCCGUCAACGGAGUCGACGCCAUGAGCAAGAAGGACGACGUCGGCCUGUCCGGCUGCUCGCGUUCUGACCGCAGCUCUGUCCAGCCGCACUCGCAGGAGCUCAAGUGUCCAACUCCGGGCUGCGACGGCUCGGGACACGUAACCGGCAACUACUCGUCGCACCGCUCGCUGUCCGGCUGUCCGAGGGCCAACAAGCCGAAGAGCAAGCCGCGGGACGGACAGGACUCUGAGCCGCUCAGGUUGGAGCGAACGUGUCCGAUUCCAGGCUGCGACGGCUCCGGCCACGCCACCGGCAAGUUCCUCUCGCACAGAAGUGCGUCCGGCUGUCCAAUCGCCAACCGCAACAAGAUGCGAGUGAUGGACAGCGCCUCGGCCAGCUCCUCCUUGAUGGGCGGUCCCUCGGUGGACCUGCACCACAAAGAUGUGGGCUACUUCGCGGGCGCGAUGGCCGCUGCGGCCGUGGCCGGCGGCAUCAAGUACGAGCAACUGCAGCCAGCGACGUCGGCGGGCCACCUGCCGUCGGCCGGCGGCGCCAGCCUCCAGUCGGGGGGCUGCAGUGGGGGUGGGGCGGAUGGCAGCAGCAACCUGACAGUGACGCAUUUAGGACCUUCAUUCCUGGCGCACCGAGCGAGCUGUGGCACCAGCAGCCCGACCCACCCCCCAUCCAGCCUCUCGCCACCACCUCCUGCUGGACUGCUCAAUAACAAAGUGAAGAACAAGUAUGCAACAGGCGAACACCACGUGCUCGCCAACAUAUACAACAAGCCUAACAAUAUGGAUAUGUAUUUAGGACCUCAUCCUUCUGAGAACAACAACGCGACUGGCGAAAACGGCGAGGACUUGAUGACCCUCGAGGCCGAAAUAAGUGAAUUGCAGCGCGAGAACGCGCGCGUGGAGUCGCAAAUGAUGCGCUUGCGUUCGGACAUUUCUGCCAUGGAAGCGCACCUGAGAAGUGGAGACAAGGAAACCCCGGAAAUUGCUCAAAGAAGUAACGACUUAACCAAUUACUACGAGAGUAUUAGGAAUAAUGUAAUCACGCUGCUAGAGCACGUGAGGAUACCCGGUAACCAAGAUAAGCUUGCUCACGACAACUUCGACGCGUACAUCACCAAGCUGCAGAACCUGUGCAACUCUGGUGACUGUCCGCCCUCGUCCGGCUACCCUGCGAGCCACCACCUGUACCAGGGCGGCGCGGCCUCCUACCCUGGCAUGGACGCUGACGCCGGCAGACCCAUCAUUUUCGAAACUGUGAAGAACGCGCUGCAAGAUUAUCACUGUUUGCCGACGCCCAUUUAAGAUAUUCGCCCGCCCCCCGUUUUUUUUUCGCAAAAAAAUGUGUCGCGGAAAUUCUCAUAUAGCCCGUCAUGCAGCGGUUCGACAAAAUUGUAUCUAAUAUGGAUGUAAGUGUGUGCAAAAUGUAUGGGUAGAAGAGGAACGUGUAGCGUAUUCGUGGAGAAGCAGUUUUAUAGCCCCCCUCUCGCUCGUCGACCUCGUUUUCCUUUCGUUCUCGCCCCUCAAAAAAAUUAAUUCGCCAAUUGGGCAAGUUUUUACGAGGUUUGGAUCCUCAAAUAGAUGGCACCGCAGUUAAUUUACAUAAUUCUCGGGUAAUUUUUCAGUGCAUUCUAAUUAAUUUGACAAUCCAAAAAAAUUGUCAAUCGUCAAAAAUUAACGAUGCUGGUGCCUCCAAACAAUAAGAAUUUUCCCAAUUGGCGAAUUUCUUGGGUUAAGUGAAGUACAAUCAUUUUUAUUGCAACCUGCUCUUUCUAUAUAUUUGACAACGCUCAAUUUAUUAGACCCAAACGAUUGAUACUUAAAUAGGAACUAGUGUGGAGGGAUGCAAGACACCUUGGUGUAUGAAUAAUUAAAAUUAAAAAAAAAACAUGAUCUAAGCAGUAUACUGGCCAGCUUAUAAUUUUCCUCGUUAAUUCGACUAAUGUAAGACACAAUAAGAUCAGGAUAAAAAUAGCAGUAUAAAAUAACUGUCUCGGCGCAGUGUAACAUAUUGUGUAAAAUAAUCAAAUUCUCUAGCUAUUUGCUCAAAAAAUCUGUGGCAGCAAACUCUGUAUAAACAAAAUAAAAAAACAACGCAUCUCGAUCUCUCCUACCGCGCUGCAGCUAUCGAGACAGAAAUCUUUUCGCUAAUUACUAUCCUCGCGUUUUUCGUUAAGUUUCUGUUUGUAAAUAGAAAUAUUAGCGGAAAGUAAACGUGUUUGGCGCGAGUUUAAGUACAGGGAUGCGCGGAGAAAUGAAAAGCAAACAGCGAAUCGGCAAGAAAAGAAGCAGUAAUUCUAUGUCUUGAUGUCCUCCAAUGAUAUUCCUGUUAGCUGGAGCUGAAAAAUAAUAUUCCCUCUGUCGAUGAUUCUCUCACUGUGAUUUUAUUGAUCUCUCUCUCUGAUCUGUUUCGAUCGUUGCUUUCGAUAUAGCUGUUUUUCGACUCGCGAUAGUCCGCUGCUUAAUUCUGGAAAUUAUUGAAACAGGCUCAAUUGACGAUCUUUUGAGUGAAACUAAAAACACACACACACAACACACACACACUACAAUAUUGAUCUAUGUGUUUAAGAUUUUAAGAAAAAAAAUUAGUGUUAUGUGUAAAAGCUAAGAAGUCAUUUAGAUUGCAAAUAACUAGACUCACACGAGAAAGAAACACUACUUUGUUACUCAACGAGCAUAUUUGACAAUUUUAGCACUUUGAAAACACGCAUUUAUUGAGAGCAGAUGGACGCGAUUUUUAUUCCCACACGUUUGUUCCUUUUUGCCUCCAGUGUAUUUGAUCAAUAGUAAAAAAAGAUACAUUUACUGUUGUAAAUAAAAAUAACAUUUAUGCUCAAACACUCGUUCAUUGUCCGUUAGCUCUGGGAAGAAAUGUGCUCUCUGUUUAGCAAGAGGCAUUUUUCUGCGUUUAUUACUCAUUAUUCUCGAUUUGUGUUUGGUGUUAUUUACAAAUCAAAUCCGUUUCCGUUGUUACCUGUUAUGCUAAUGCGCAUAUUAUAAUUAUUACGAUGCUGAUCUCAUUGACAAACACGACAUUAUUACAAAAAGAAAAUCUCUAAUAGUAGACGUAAAAGGAAUAAAACAAAACAAAAAUAUUAUUGAUCGGGAAUUUUUGGUUCAGGCAGCUCCGUAAAUGUUAAAAAGUAUGAAAUCAUCAGUGUGUAAUCCAAAAAUGUAGGUGGAACGAGAUUUCAGAAAUAUAUGUUGUUAAAAAAUA